AAAAAUGAAAUGGAUAAGUCUAUCGUGGGUCGUGGCCCAUCGCACACCGGCACAGCCACACAAAUCACAGCCUCCUUCAAACCGGCAGCCGGCGCCGGCUGCUGAUCCUCUCCAUCGCCGCCGUGGCCGUGCUGCCGGCGUGCCUCCAAAUGACUCCGCCCGGCAGUAUCAGCACCACCUCGUCGAACCUUCGGGCCCAGCAAAAACCCUCAAUUCCCAAGAAACCGUGUGCUUUCGGAGCGCCACCGAGACACCUGCAUCGCCCGUGCAAGAAGAACGCUGCCGUCUCGGUGGCGUGCACCGGGCAAGGCGAACAACGAUCCAGCCCUGCCAUCGCGGCGCCGCAGGAGGCUCAGGCAGGCACGUUUAGCGUCGAGUUCCGGACGCGGGACGGGUGCCGGCUGGGCAUCUCCAGGUACCCGGACUUCGCGUACAACGCCCAGGGCGGCCGCGGCGUCGGCGUCGUCGCCAGCAGCGGCGAGGAUAGUGGCACGGUUCUGGUCGAGUUCGACGUGUCAAGCCUGUACAUCCCGGCGAUGUCCGGCGCGACGACCAAGUUCCUCGGGCUGCCGCUGCCGCCGUUCCUCAAGAUCGACAUCUUGCCCGAGGCUCUCCGCGGAAACAUCGAUCCAACAAGUGGUCAGGUUGAUCUGAAGUUCAGGUCGAGGUUCUGCUUCUCGGUUGGAAGCAUCUACCGAGCACCGCCGCUGUUCGUCGACACAACGCUGACCUCCGAGGAGUCCAGUGGAGCCAUAAGACGAGGAACUGGAGAAAGGAUGGACGGCGAAGGGAGAUGCAAGCUGGUAGGGGUGGCCGUCGUCGACCCCAUUGAUGACGUCUUCAUGAACACCUUCCUCAGCCUGCCGACCGAGUGCAUCGCUUACUUGAACGCCACCAUCUCCAUCACUGAACCAAGCUGAUCUUGCCUGUUUCAGUUGGUUGUAUAGAUCUUAAUGCGUGGUGAAACGCAUGAAUGUUGCAGGACGAAACUUGCACGGAAAAGAACAGACUGUACUAUUGUAGUAUUGGCCAAGGGAAUGCCUCUUAUUCAUACAGAUUUUAUUUUUUUGAACGACUCAUUCAUACAGAUAUUAUAAAAGUGGUAAAUCCUAGAGAGGAUUAAUUUUUUUUC